AUGGCGUUUGAGGAGUGUCACACAUCAGUGCGGGGACAGAGGGAUAAGAAAGUGGUGUGGACAAGAAAAAUCAAGGUAGGAAGUGCUCAUCAGGCAGAAAUUCCUGAAUGUCUUUGUAAAUACAACGAUGCUCUGCCUUAUGAAAAUGAAGAUAAGUUGUUGUGGAGCCCGAAUUAUUUGUCGGAAAAGGAUACGAAGGACUUCCUCGUGAAAGUACAGGGCUUAAGUGCUGUACCUACUGGGACUCGCACGAGAGAUGACGAGCAGGCUCUCUACUUAUUACUUCAGUGUGGUUAUGACACUGAAGAAGCACUAAGAAGACUCCGUAUGAAUGAAGUAUCUCCAGCUGACACCAUGAGUCUUUGGUCUGAGGAAGAACGUGAAAAUUUUCAGACAGGCCUUCACAAAUAUGGUAAAGAUUUUCACAUCAUCCAACAUAAGAAGGUGAGAACACGAUCAGUCGCUGACUUGGUUAACUUCUACUAUCUAUGGAAGAAAACGGAGGAGCACGACAUAUUUGCCAACAGGACACAAUUAAAUAAGAAAAAGCGCAUUCCAUUCACAAAUAUUAUGGAUAUGUUCCUAGACGAGCAAGAAAAUGAGGCUGUUGUUCAGAGAAAUGGGAGGUCUUUUCCUAACAAGAAGUCACAGAAAGCAAGAAAAUGCCGCGGAAGAAAAAGGAAGUUACCUAUCAUUUGA